GCAAAACCCUCGUCUCAUUUCUGAGCCCUCUCCCAUGGCGACUCACCUCUUCCACCGCUCUCUCCCUAAAACCCUAAUUCUGGCUUCCAUGUUCUCCCGUUCCUUUCUCACCGCCACCGGAGCCGCCGUUUCCGCCUCUUCUCACUCCUCUUUCUCCCUUCUUCGCCGCCUCCGUCCCCUCGCUGCUAUUGUUGCCGCUGAUUUCCGGAGGCUCUCUCCGGCGCCGAGCGCGAGGGAGUUCUCCACCCGUGCCACGUCUUCGUCCCUCAACGAUCCCAACCCUAACUGGUCUAAUCGCCCACCCAAGGAGACCAUUUUGCUUGAUGGGUGUGAUUUUGAGCACUGGCUUGUUGUCAUGGAGAAGCCAGAGGGUGAACCCACGAGGGAUGAGAUUAUCGACAGCUAUAUCAAAACUCUUUCCAUGGUUGUCGGAAGUGAGGAAGAAGCUAGGAUGAAGAUAUACUCUGUUUCAACUAGAUGCUACUUUGCAUUUGGGUGCCUUGUUUCUGAAGAACUCUCUUACAAGAUCAAAGAGCUGCCUAAGGUCCGUUGGGUCCUUCCUGAUUCAUACUUGGAUGUUAAGAAUAAAGAUUAUGGAGGGGAGCCCUUUAUAAAUGGACAAGCUGUUCCAUAUGACCCGAAGUACCACGAGGAGUGGAUUAGAAACAAUGCUCGAGCUAAUGAAAGGAAUAGGCGCAAUGAUAGGCCUCGUAAUUUUGACAGGUCAAGAAAUUUUGAAAGGAGGAGGGAGAACAUGCAAAAUAGAGAUUUUCCAAACGCUUCAGGGAAUCAGCCUACUGGACCUAACAUGGGUGGAGGACCUCCAAGUAAUAUGCCUCCCAACAACUUUGCACCACCACCACCGCCACAAAACCAUGGUGGAAUGCCCUCUAGCAACUAUGCACCACCACCACCACCAAACAACUGGGGAGGACCACCGCCACCACCACCAAACAACUAUAGGGGAGGACCACCACCCCCACCGAACAACUUCGAGGGAGCACCACCACCACGCAACUAUGCAGGAGCACCACCUCCACCACUGAACAACUUCGAGGGAGCACCACCGCCACGCAACUAUGCAGGAGCACCACCACCACCACCACCAAGCAACUCCGGACCAGCACCACCCCGCAACUAUGGGGGGCCACAACCAAGCAACUAUGGGGGGCCACAGCCAAACAACUAUUGGGGAGGACCACCUCCUCCAAACAACUAUGGUGGACCCUCAAACGGAGUUGGGUCGCCUCAACAAAACAGCCAUGGAGGAGCGAUGCAGUCUAAUGCUCAUGGAUGGACUAGUAAUGUGCAUAACAAUCAACAAGAAUAGGUCAUCAACUGGUUAGGGAAGUCUCGAACUUGUGCAAUUCAUUGGUUGGUUGUUUUUACUCGCUGCUUGAUUCAAAUCCCAAAUCCUACUACUGGUCACUUAGUAGUAUUUGUUCUGGUGCUACAGACAAUGAGUUUAGUUUCGCUUUUCUGGGUAAGCAUAUGCUAAAAACCUGUUAGAUGUUCUGAAAUGCAAGUACAGUUCAAAGAGAUGCAUGAGAUGAUGUAAUAUUCAUAAUGUUAUCUUUGUUUGUGAAGUGGGCAAUGUGAUAUUGUCUCUUUUGGCCACUUCGUUGCAAUUAACUCCCCUCUACAUUGUCCCAUUUAGUGA